GCGCGGGUUUUUUCCUGGUCGCCCGCGGCGUGCGGACGAGUUGAGUGUGGGCAUCGCGUCGUAUUCCCCCCGUGGGGUCGGUGCGCCCCGCACUCCGAGGGAGAGUUUGGAAUAGAUAUGAGCGAUUUCGAUGAAGAAUUGACAAAGCUUGCUUCGGCAGAGGAUGGCAAGAGAGGAAACUCGGUGUUCUCUAAUCAUCCGGGAAUGCAUUUCCCGUGGCUUCAGGAUCGUAUAGAAACUGUAGUGACUGGAGGGAAGAAGAAGAGGGAUUUUGCUCAGACGACAAGCGCUUGUUUAAGCUUUAUCCAAGAAGCCCUGCUGAAGCACCAGUGGCAGCAAGCUGCAGAAUAUAUGCACAGUUACUUACAGACCCUGGAAGAUUCAGACACCUACAAGAGGCAGACUGCCCCCGAGAUCAUUUGGAAACUUGGAAGUGAAAUUCUAUUUUAUCAUCCCAAAAGCAAUGUGGAGACUUUUAAUAACUUUGCUGACCGGAUGAAAAAUAUUGGUGUCCUGAAUUAUUUAAAGAUUUCCUUACAACAUGCAUUGUAUCUGAUACAUCACGGAAUGCUUGAGGAUGCAAGCAGAAAUCUCAGUGAAGCAGAGACAUGGAGAUACGGUGAAAAGUCGUCCUCUCAGGAAGUGCUAAUCAACCUUGUUCAGGCCUACAAAGGGCUUUUACAGUACUACACUUGGUCCAAAAAGAAAACGGAGCUGUCAGAGAUUGAUAAGGAUGACUAUGCUUACACUGUAAAAACUCGAAACAUGCUCAGCCAAAGCUGCAGGACAUCUGCAAAUAUCUGUGCGCUGCUAAAAACUCCUGGUGUUUGGGAUCCUUUUGUGAAGAGUUACGUGGAGAUGCUAGAAUUCUAUGGGGAUCAAGAUGGAGCCCGAGAGAUACUCACCAAUUAUGCAUAUGAUGAAAAGUUCCCCUCAAACCCCAAUGCCCACAUCUACUUAUAUGAAUUUCUCAAGAGAGAGAAGGCACCAAGAUCGAAACUGAUAAGUGUUCUUAAGAUUUUGCAUGAGAUCGUGCCAUCCCAUCCACUGAUGUUAGAAUUCCAUACGUUGCUUAGAAAAUCAGACAUAGAAGAACACCGCAAGUUGGGCUUGGGUGUGUUGUUUGAAGUCCUUGAUUUUGCUGGAUGCACUAAGAACAUAACUGCUUGGAAAUACUUGGCAAAGUAUCUGAAGCAGACAUUAAUGGAAAGUCAUCCAGCGUGGGUUGAAGAAGAGUGGAAAUCUAGGAGAAGCUGGUGGCCAGUCUUUCACUUCAGCUUCUUCUGGGCAAAGAGCGACUGGAAGGCAGAUGCCGACUUGGCUUGUGAAAAAGCUUUUGUAGCGGGAAUCCUUUUAGGAAAAGGUUGUAGAUAUUUUCGGUAUAUUGUAAAACAAGAUGGUGAAACAUUGAAGAAGAAAAUUAAGCGAAUGAAGAAGUUUGUCAAAAAAUACAGUAUUGUAAAUCCAGGUGUUUGCACCUAGAUUGCUUGUCUACAUGCUGGUAAUGGGCUGAGUUGUGAGAAGAUGCUCUAGAGACCGGUGGACAGUGCGCGUGCAGGAGCUGCCCUCUGUCGUCAGGUUCAUCAGGAGAGGAGCACAGCUGCAAGUGGACUGCGGAGAGGCCAGAGCUCAGGAGAUGGCCUCAGUCAUAAAAUAAGGUCAUUGUAGUGGGUCUUCAUCCAGACCCAAAUGACUCGUGUUCUCAUAAGAACAAGUGGACACGGCAUGUACACAGAAAAAACGGCGUCUGAACGUGAAGGCAGCACUACUAAGCUGUAGCUGCAGAAGACGGCUUGUGAACCACUACAAGCUGGAAGAGACACCUGGAACUGAUUCUCCUGGCAACCUCGGAAGGAACAGCCCUGCUGACCCCAUGACCUCAGGGCCAUCAGAGCUGAGAGACAAUAUGUCUUCUCAUGAGAACCUUUCAGUUUGUGUACUUUUUAUAGCAGUCCAGGCAAACUAGCACAGUGAUGUACAAAUGUGUGUUUCAAAGAUGAGUGCUACAUGAUUUCAGCCCUCAGUCUGGGUCUAUCUGAUAGGUCCACAUGGUUCUCAAGCUCAGUCAGCUUCUAAUGGUUUGGCCAUGAUGUAAUCCCCAAGUUCUUUUCUACCAGUGCUGUAUCAGACCCCCACCCGCCUCAGAUGUUCACAGGUCUGAUGUCACAAUUCCUUCCUGUGAGUGCUCCACGAUGCUGUUCCCCAUCUGUUAAUAUAAUCUGCCUUCCAUUAUUGGGCCCUGUUUUAUGCUUUCCCUGUCUUAGUUAGGUUUCUAUUGCUGUGAAGAGAUACCAUGACCACAGCAACUCUUUCAAAGGAAAACGUUUAAAUGAGGUGGCUGGCUUAGUUCAGAGGUUCAGUCCGUUACCAUGACAGGACAUGGCAGUGUGCAGGUAGACGUGGUGCUGGAGAGGUAGCUGCUCGAUAUUGAUAUCAGGCAACAGGAAGUAGACUGAACACAUAGUAGCUUCAGCAAAGGACACCUCAGAGUCCACCCCCACAGUGACACUUCCUCACAAGGCUACACCUACUUCAAGGCCACACCUCCUUAGUGCCACUCCCUUUGGGGGCCAUUUUCUUUCAAACCACCACACUUCUUCAUCCACCUAUACGGUCCAUAUUAGCCUCAAAGUGGUGAUCCUCCUGCCUCAGCUUUUCAGGUACUUGUUACAGGUGUCUGCCACCAUACUCGGCUUCUCAGGAUAUAUUGGAAAUGUGUGUCUUAUUUAUCAGCGUUCCUUUUCCUGCAUAGCACCUUGUAUACUGACAUAUUUACCGAGUUGACCCUGAGGAUCCGUUGAAAAAUGACGUUGCAUUGUGUAAUUUUAUCUGAAAUGUGACAUUAAUCAGGGGCUUGUGUCAGAGUCCAGUGGACUGCUGAUCUUUGCUUAUUAAUCUCUGCUAGGACAUUUGCCUCAAACAGGAAAAUCUCCAUGUGUUUGUUUUGUGGCCAAAGAACAAAGAUCCAGACAUAAAUGUUAAUCAGAGAUCAAGAAACUGUCUCCAGGAUGGGAGAUGCACUCCCCCUCACCCAGGCCCAGGUGUUUAGGGCACCUUGGUGACUGUGUUCACUGACUGACGAGGGGCCAAGGGCUACUGCUCCAUCCAAGGUUGACAAGCACUGACCUUUGAAUAAAUAGCCCUGUGGAAACUGCACAGUCACCAGUGACUCAGACUCCAGCCUAUGCCUUCAGAAGCAGAGGCCGUGCAUUUGGCUCAGUGAUGGUGUGUUUGCCCAGCAUGUGUGACAGCCUAGGCUCCGUCCUCAGCCCUGCCAGUGAGCUGACAGGUAAAAGCAAGGUGUGGUGUUGACAGUCACCCUGACUACCCACUCCUGACGCCCCAUUGGUUUUAUGGGUUUUGUUUGUAUCUUAAAUACUGUGGAAGUUCUAAAAUUCAGAGAUUUGGCUCCACUACACCUAAGUUCAUGGUCUUAGUGUCCUCCUGGCAAUGUUCUGGGGUCAGCGGGAUUGUUGCUUGGGCUGUCAGCUUUAGAAGCACAGCAGGGCUGGCAGGACAUGUCAAAAUUCUAACAGUUCCAAUGGGCUGGAAGCACAGGAAAUGCUGGAAGCAGGCUCAGUUCAGGUACUAAAUAGUUGUAUAGACCUGUCUCUUUGGGUUUGGGGUCUGUGAGUUUAGGGUUCUAUGUUCAUUCAUUAAAGAACCUUUUUUUAAAUAAAAAUUUAAAUUAAAAACAA